CGUGACGUCAGCGCGCACUGCGUCACGUCCGGCGGCGCACCCGGAAGUGGCGCGGGGCCGGUUGCCAUGGGGCGGCCCGGGAGAGGAGGGAUGGCUUUGGGAAGGUUGGAUGUUCCCGGGCCGUCCGAGGCCACCGGCUGAGGCUCCAGCAGCAGCUGCUCCUUGUGCUGCCCCGAUCCCAAAAUGGGCAGGAUCAGCAUCUCCUGCCUGCUGCCAGCCUCGUGGCACUUCAGCCUGUCCCCCGUGGGCUGCCCCCGCAUCCUGGGCACCCCCCUGAGGCAGCUGCUGCUCCUGGGGGCCGCGGCGCUGCUGCUCUGCUCCCUGCUCCUCAUCCGCAGCAAGUACGGCCGGGCCGCCCGCGACAGGAGCUCCCACAGGUACCUGGCCAGGGUGACGGACACGGAAGCCACGGACACCAAGAACCCCAACCUGAACUACGGGAUCGUGGUGGAUUGCGGCAGCAGCGGCUCCAGGAUCUUCGUGUACUGCUGGCCCCGGCACAACGGGAACCCCCACGAGCUCCUGGACAUCCAGCAGAUGAGGGACAGCAACAGGAGACCCGUGGUGAUGAAAAUCAAACCAGGAAUUUCGGAGUUCGCCGGCUCUCCCGACAAAGUCAGCGAUUACAUCUCGCCCCUGCUCAGCUUCGCCGCCGAGCACGUGCCCCGCUCCAAGCACAAGGAGACGCCUCUGUACAUCCUGUGCACCGCUGGCAUGAGGAUCCUGCCGGAGAGCCAGCAGAAGGCCAUCCUGGAGGAUCUGCUCACGGACAUCCCCGUGCACUUCGACUUCCUCUUCUCGGACUCGCACGCUGAGGUGAUUUCAGGGAAGCAGGAAGGAGUCUAUGCAUGGAUUGGGAUCAACUUUGUCCUUGGAAGAUUUGAGCACACGGACGAUGAGGACGAGGCCAUGGUGGAGGUGCAGAUCCCGGGAAGCGAGCGCCGGGAUCCCAUUUUCCGGAAGAGGACCGUGGGGAUCCUGGACAUGGGCGGCGUUUCCACGCAGAUCGCGUACGAAGUCCCCCAAAGUGAGGAAGUGGCCAAGAAUUUGCUGGCGGAGUUUAAUUUGGGGUGCGACGCCCACCAGACGGAGCACGUGUACCGGGUGUACGUGGCAACAUUCCUGGGAUUCGGUGGGAAUGCGGCCCGGCAGAGAUACGAGGACAGCCUGUUCUCCAGCACCCUGCUCAGCAACAGGCUGCUGGGCAGGCAGAGCGGCCUGAGCCCGGAUUCGCCAUUCCUGGAUCCCUGCCUUCCCCUGGAUGCGCGGGACGAGCUGCGGCAGCGCGGCCUCACGCUGCACCUGCGCGGCACCGGCGACUUCCAGCUGUGCCGGGAGCUGCUCCGGCCGCUCCUCAACCGAACCAACGGCACCCGCAGCUCCCUGAACGGCGUUUUCCAGCCGCCCGUGCGCUUCCAGGACAGCGAAUUCUACGGAUUCUCCGAGUUCUACUACUGCACUGAGGACGUGCUGCGCAUGGGCGGCGACUACAGCGCUGCCAGGUUCACCAGGGCGGCCAAGGAAUACUGUGCCACCAGGUGGUCGGUGCUGCGGCAGCGCUUCGAGCGCGGGCUCUACGCCUCGCACGCGGACCUGCACCGCCUCAAGUUCCAGUGCUUUAAGUCCGCCUGGAUGUUCGAGGUUUUCCACCGGGGAUUCUCCUUCCCCGAGAGCUACGGGAGCCUCAAGACGGCCCUGCAGGUCUAUGACAAGGAGGUGCAGUGGACCCUGGGGGCCAUCCUGUACCGGACCCGCUUCCUGCCCCUGAGGGACAUCCAGCAGGAGAAUUUCCGUGGGAGCCACUCCCACUGGAGGAGCUUCUCCUUCGUGUACAACCACCACCUGUUCUCCGCCUGCUUCCUGGUGGUGCUGCUCUCCAUCCUGCUCUACCUGCUCCGCCUGCGGCGCAUCCACCGCCGCCUCUCCCACGGCGCCUCCUCCCCGGCCCUCUGGAUCCCGGAGAAGAUCCCGAUCCCACAGAAGAUCCCGGGGCCCCUGUGAGAUUUUGGGAUGAUGGGAGGGGCGCUGGGGGGGGUUCAUCCACACACACACACACACACACACACACACGUAGAAAACAAAAAGCCAUUUUUGCCUCAGGGUUCCUCCUUUUGUUGCCCCUCGGAUUCCGUGGGAUGAGCAGAGAAAUCCGGGAAAAGUGGGUCGGGAGGGAAAAAUGCCAAAAAUGACUUUGUUGGGAAUGUUGCACUUUGGGGUGUGCAGGGACUGGGCAGAGGAGAGGAUGAGUGGGAAUUCCCAGCUUUGGGAAGAUCCCAAAUCCCGGGAUGAGCGAGGACUGCUGGGAUUUGCCAGAUUCCAGCAUUGCCAUCCCUGCUCCCAGUUUGGAGCCUCAACGGGAAUUCCAGAGGUUCCAAAAGUAGGAAAAAAAACCCUUUUAGGACACUUUAUGGGAUUUUCCCGUCUGGAAUCGCUCCCCCGAUGGAGAAGGAGAAGGUGCCUGGGCAGAGGAGAGGAUGAGUGGGAAUUCCCAGCUUUGGGAAGAUCCCAAAUCCCGGGAUGAGCGAGGACUGCUGGGAUUUGCCAGAUUCCAGCAUUGCCAUCCCUGCUCCCAGUUUGGAAUCUCAAAGAGCAGGAAUUCCAAAAGCAGGAAGAAAACCCCUUUUAGGACACUCGAUGGGAUUUUUCCCUUCUGGAAUCGCUCCCCUGAUGGAGAAGGAAAAUCCCUCGCAUCCAAUGCUGUGCUUCCAUAAAAAUCCUCUCCAAUCACUUCGGCCCCCUCGUGCCAGCUCCUCCUUUUUCCUUGGAAGCUUUGCCCUCCCGGUGGCACCAGCUGGAUCCUUCAUUUCUGUUCCGUGACCACGGAGAGACCUCCCGGAGACGCCGGGAACGGAGCUGGGAAACCGGAGGGGAGCGCGCCCGGGGUCUGCCCGAGCCCCUGGAAAUUAAUUUAUAUUUUAUUUAAAGCUCUCGGUUUUACUUGAAAGGAACUUUGUCCGUGAUUAAAAGUGGGGUUUGUACGAA